UGGACGGCUGCAGAGGCGGCCCUUGCCCUGCACUCCUGGGGACCCCCCUCGAGAUAAGCUCCCUCCCACACCCCCAAGCCGGCCCCUGGGGGACUGGAACUCCCGGCCUGUUCCCAAGGCCCCCAGUUCCUCCUCUUCCUCCUCGUCCUCCUCCUCUUCCUCAUCCAGCCAGGUGUCCAGUCUGGGGGUGGACAUUCGAGCGGGCGUCAGGGAACUCUCCAACCGACACUCCCUCCCCUUGGCGCUGCCCUCCGCUCUGGACCCCCGCUCAGAGUCGCAGAAGAACAACAGCUCCCUCAGUCUGGACCACCAGCUGAGUUUUGUGGCUCCAGCCGGUCCAGAUUACGACGGCCCCAAAGUGAAGCCCUCGGCCUCAGCCAACGCCAUCUAUUCUCUGGCAAUCAGACCCUCUCCAGCCCCGAGGCCAGUGGCAGGAGAGGAGGCCCGUGACAGUGAGGAAGAGUCGGAGUACAUGAUCCCCUCUUCUCGCCCCGUCCUGCCCCCCGUUACUGCAACUCCUGUAGGGGAGCUCCCCCCCGUCCCCAGGCCUUCACAGCCUCCAUCAGCACUCCAGACGCAGACACAAGCCUCCGCACUCACCUCACGGCUGCCAAUGGCUGGAGUGGAGGAUGGACCUCAAAUGUAUGAAGCCAUGUACGACAUCCAGGCCAGGGCCCAGCAAGCCAGAGAUUCAGACUACUCAGAGCUGCCCCCUCUGGCGCUGUCCAACGGUCGCAGAGAGCAAGCUGCGGAGGACAGGGAGGAGGAGGAGGAGGAGGAGGAGGAGGAGAACGGGUACGACUUCCCUAAACCGCGGCUGCCGAUGGCCACGACCCGACGGACCCUUUCAGAAAUCGGGGCGUCGUCUUCCUCCUCUUCAUCUUCUUCAUCAUGCUCAUCCUCCACAGCAGCCUUCAGCCGUCUUUCUCUUGAUUCGGAUGCUGGAGCUGCAGCACCCCUCUCCGAGCCGGUGGAAGCCCCAGAGAGACCUCCCAAGCCCCUGCCCCGACGAAUCAACUCUGAGCGCCGGCCCAGCCCUGUCCCGCCCGUCCCUGCCUCCCCCAGCGGUGGGGCAGCAGGGGGAGAAGCCAACCCUCAGAUCAUCAUCGAGAUCGAGCUCCUCGCGAGUCAGGGGUACUCUCAGCAGGACAUCCAGAAAGCACUGAUGAUUGCACAGAACAAUAUCGAAAUGGCUCGGAACAUCCUACGAGAGUUCGUCUCUAUUCCCCCCACCGCGAAUAUUCUUACAUAGCACGCUUUGUGCCUCUCUCUCUUUCUCGUGUCUUGCUCUCUCGCCCUAGCUUGGCACAGCCUGGUUGGGUAAAGGUUGCCUGCAGCACUACCUCUGUGCUGACGCCCGACAUCCCUGUGGGUUUUUAACUGGCUGUUACUCCAGAGCGCCCUGGACUCCAUGCGCUUUCAACAGUGUCCGGCCUUCUGUAAACCGCUACUGCAGGCCUCUUCGUUUUCCACGAGACAUCCACGGGGGGGGGUGAGUGAGCGCGUGCGGAACAAUGAUGGGAUGCCGCGUGGCGCGAGACUUCUCGUAGGACGUCAGGAAGACAGAUUCGUAUCUUUCAAGUUGAAGCCUCUUGCUGACAAUGUAACCAACACCUCACAAAUAAAACUAAAAAUGUAUGUCUAUAUGAAAGUGUAAUAUAUGAGUAAAUAUAUAUUAAAUAUGUGUAAUAUAUACAGUACGUGCAUAUACAGUAUGUAAAAAAAAAAAAAAAAAAAUGACUUCAGCUUUGAGGGUUGCUGUUGGUACAAGCGAUGUUGGUAGACGGGGACCAGGUUAAAUUUGACCGUUUUCUCAGACUGAGGAAGACGUUCAUGUGAGGAAGAGUCGGGGCGACCUCACCAUGAGUUCACUCAGCAGCUUUGAAGACGUGCGGCAGAGCACUUCAUCAUGGAUUCAGUCUGGAAUGGCCUUUGAUAAACAACGUUGCUUUGGUACUUUUCUUUUUAUAAACAUGCUUGUUUUGUCGUGUUGUAUUUUUCAAAGUAGCAUGACGAUAGUUUGGGGUCUGGACUAUGGUCUGGCAGUAUGUUUUUAUAAUGAGUAUGUGUAUGUGAGCAUGUUUCUGUGUGUGUGUGUGUGUGUGUGUGUGCCAGACUUCUCCUCUGCUCCUAAAUGAACAACAUGAAUGUGGUGUUAGUCAGUGUACGUACUACUGCUCUCACUCUAAACCGGUGUAGCUGUAGAGCCUGGCGCUGAGAUUAUUAGAGGACGUGCUAAUGGCGACGACCCUGCAGUACCGACAGGCUCGUGUUGUGUGAUCCCUGGUGGCUGAAACAUUCUGUCUUUGUCUAACUUCAUUGGCUGGCUGGUCGAAGUGUUCUGUCUCCAGCUCAGUCCAGUGAGAAGAAAGAAAAAAAAACGUCAUCGAAUUACUUUGGUAAUAUAUUAUUGUUAUAUGAUCAUAAAUAUUGUUAUUAUAAUUCAUUCAGAAGUGCUUCACUGCUGCUACUAUUGUUAGUGCUAAACAAUUAAGCCUUAAAUGUACAUUUGUGAAUAUUGUGUUUAACCGUCAUUCUGUUUUUUUUAGAGUGACAGUAUCCCCCAUGUUUCUCUGGUCCGUAAUGUAGCAUACUUGAAAGUACAAGCAGCCUGUGAGCCUGCAAGCGGUCAAAUCUUCAGUGUUUUAAACCCUCUUUUUUAAAAUGAUUUACGAUUCUCUACAAGAAGACUCUGCUACAGAAACCAGACGCUUUGUAACAGGCUCAGGCUUCCAUCACAUCCAUUUCUCUUCUCUGUGGGAGUUUCUGAUUCUCUGUUGUUGUUUUUUAAAGUAGGCUCAUGGGUUUGCUGGCUCACCCCCAAGUCUACAUUAAAGUCAGUGUUCGGGCCAUCUGUGAGAGCUAACUCAGGAAUAAUGUUUACC